ACACAAAAAACACAUGUAUUGCCGCUGCAGAAGAAAGCAGCCACAGCCACGCGCUUUAUCUGUGGCGGUUAAAUAAUUUGCUUAUAAUCACAUUUUUGCCUCUUUCUCUUUCCGGCAUGGACGUAUUGGGCGGAGGCAAUGGCGGCCUCUGGGGCUGGAACUUCCUCCUCCCGGAUUCCAAAACUUCUCGAAACAAGAGGAGAAGAUUCGACCCCAAAUGCUCUAAUUCCUUGCAGGCAACUGGUGGAUCUGGUUUCCGUUUACCUCUAAAGCAGUACUUGACGGCCGGCUGUCUCACUCUCUCCGGCGAUACCAUUGCUCAGUUCAUUAGCCGAUGGCGUGAAGGAAUCGCUUUGAAUUCCACUUCUCUUUCUGAUUCUGAUUCUGCCCACAAGAUGAACAUAUUUUCAGAACAUGAUUGGAUUCGGUCUUUGCGAAUGGCUUCUUAUGGAUUUCUACUUUAUGGUCCGGGAUCUUUUGCAUGGUACGGCUAUCUUGAUCACGUUUUGCCUAAGAAAUCGGUGGAGAACCUUAUUCUUAAGGUUAUCUUGAACCAAAUUGUUCUUGGUCCAGCCGUUAUUGGUGUUGUAUUUGCAUGGAACAGUCUCUGGCUAGGAAAAAUCUCCCAGCUUCCUGAUAUGUAUCGGAAGGAUGCUCUUCCUACAUUGUCAUAUGGGGUUAGGUUCUGGAUUCCUGUCAGCAUAUUGAAUUUUUGGGUUGUGCCUCUCCAAGGCCGGGUGGCAUUCAUGUCCGUGGCCUCUAUAUUUUGGAACUUCUAUUUGUCUUCAACCAUGAGUAAGUGAUUUCAGUCUUGAAAAUUUCUUAAGAUCCAUGUGCAAGACUGCACUUGGGAGAUUUUAGAAUAAGUUGAGCCGUUUAUCAUCUGUAGUUCUAUUUAUGUACUGAAUUCUCAGUAUAUAGAGAAUAGCUUCGGUAGAUCAGAAACAGAUUUGAUGGCAAUUUCUAUCAUUUGCAACUGCUUUUGCAUUUACUGGAUUGUGCUUCAGAUCUACUCAAAAUAAUUUUGUUUUCUAAGUGUAAACGUAAUUGCUUUGCUCUUGCUGAAGAGCAUUGCUUUUUUCCCUCCCUUCUGUACCCCCUUCUUCCACCCCUUACAUUGUAGCCAUCCUCAUUAUCUAUAGUGGUUGGAUAUUAGUUUGAUGUAAUAUUAUUUUGUUUGUGAAGUUCUGUGUUAGUUCUC